AUGACUGGCAAGGAUGGGUUGUCUUCAUCCGUUGUGGAGACCGUAGCUGGAUUCACGGCUGGGGUUGCCUCGACACUCUGUGUGCACCCGCUGGACCUGGUGAAGACCCGUCUUCAAGUCGAUCGAUCAUCACCUUCCCGGCUUGGCAGCUCUUUGCGCAUUAUCCGUGAAAUCUCCACCUAUGAGGGCGGUCUCGGUGCCUUCUACCGUGGUCUGGCUCCCAACCUGAUUGGAAACUCGACAAGCUGGGCCCUGUACUUUUUAUGCUAUGGCAGUCUCAAGGACGCCAUUCGCAUCUACCGAGGACAAGAACACUGGAUGCUCACAUCUUCUGAUUAUUUUCUUGCCUCGAGCGCAGCAGGGGCCUUGACGUCUGUUCUUACCAACCCUAUCUGGGUCAUCAAAACCCGCAUGCUCGCGACUGGUGCCCAAUCCCCUGGGGCUUAUCCUUCGUUCAUGUCUGGCGUGAAGCAAAUCUACCGCACUGAAGGCAUGCGUGGUUUCUAUCGUGGAUUGGUUCCCUCCUUAUUCGGAGUCAGCCACGGCGCCUUUCAGUUCAUGGCCUACGAAAGGCUGAAGGUUCUCCGUUCCCGGGCGCUACAUAAUGAGUCCUCGAAAGGGAGACCUGAUGCCGUGGUGACAAAACAGCUUGGUAACCUGGAUUUCCUGGUCCUCUCCGGUCUAUCCAAAGUGUUUGCCGGGUGUGUGACUUAUCCGUAUCAAGUCAUCAGAUCGCGGCUACAGACCUAUGAAGCUCACAUACUGUACCGGGGGGUAAUGGAUGCAAUCGGUCAGAUUUGGGCAAAGGAGGGUAUUGCAGGUUUUUACAAAGGACUGGGCCCGAAUUUGCUUCGAGUUUUGCCAAGCACCUGGGUCACAUUUCUCGUCUAUGAGAACACAAAGGUUCUUAUGCCGAAGUUAGCAGAGGCCAUUUAG